CUAUAGCAGGUGGUCUUGGUUUAGUAGAAGGUGGAGGUUCUCCAUUAUUAUCAGCAUACGGAGAAGUAGAGCAGAAAUUACAAUACCAUGUGGUAGACGGCGCGAUUAAAUACGAAUGUCAAGAUUGGUCGUU